UUUAAAUAUAUAAUACUGUUGCAAUGCUUGUUAUUAGCCAAUUUAAAACCAUGGAUCGUUUAAUGGCGUUGAGACGCAUUUUUUCCCUCGUGGCAGUUCUUUUGUUUGCGGCUACUGGAUGUUUGAGUAAAAAACCGACAGCAAAAGAUUCGCAUUGCUCGCAAGAAAUGUGUGUGUUUUUGUUUGAUCGACUUGAAGAGCAGUCAAUUCGUUUACACAACAUUGAAGAUGCCCUUAUGCGCACAGUGUCGAUACUCGCGUCUGUUAAGGACCAGGAAUUUUCCGCAGCAAGUGCAGCUGCCUUGAAAUCGGAUCCUCUAUUGAAUUCUUUACUGACUGCAGAUGCGUACGAUCCAGUCGCAUCUACUUUGUUACGUUCAAAUCAAAUGACGAAUUCGCUGGAAUCACCAGUAAAAAUUCGCAGGAGAAAGCGGCAGACUGGCGAACGUUCCUAUACACCGAGAGAAAGACUGAGAGAAGCUCUGAAAUGGUCCAAGAAAAGCACUACCUCAUUUCAAAUGCGGAGUGAUCAAUCAGAGAAAUUGAACGAUGUAUCACAGGUGUGAACCAAACAUCAAAUAAUUCCAGAUUCGAAAUUGCACUUUCUCCACUCGCAUCAAUUACGAGAUGAAUCAGAACCGCUCGCAAACGCAUCAAUUUAUUCAAGGUCUAAUGAAGAAUGGAAAUUUUUAAAUAGAAGCAACAAUUACACUGAUCUCUUACGACAUGCUCGUGAGGCUUCUCUUGUUGGCGAGACGACAAUUUUCCAAUUUGUAAAAGACGCUGUCGGCGACCUUCAAAACGCGGUUAAAUGUGCAGUGGGUCAGCUUAAUGACGAGAUACCUUCAGAGUCUCUUGGCGUUCUAUUCGAGCCUCAAGCUACAUUGAAUCCCAAUAAGACGUUAACCAUACAGUUUGAAUUAAAAAAUUGUCAAAAGUAUUGGGCAGCUGUUUGGAUUCGAAUCUCUCUUCGAAACGAACAGGCGAAUCGGAAAAGCAUUUUGAAAAUUCCUAAAGAUUGUAUGAUGAAAUCCGAAAAUGUCUUCUCACUCACCUUGCCGUUGACUGAUGAGUCAUCGUGUAUGUUUCCCCUGGUAGAAAUGAUAGAGUGUAAGGUAUACUCUGUCGAAAUCAUUCCAGUCUACUUAACACUUCAGGGUCAGUCAUCCAGUGUCGAGAUCACAGUUCCACCAGAAUUAACAGGUAAUUCAAUGGAUUUGGUGUCUUUUGAACGCAUUUCUUUACAAAACUCAACGCACAUUUUGGGUUUGAAAUGGACAACUCAGUCGGAUGAUUGCGCUCAGCUAAUGACAUCCGUCGAUGUACGAAUUCACGAAGAUGUGGAGAACGCUAUCUCUCGGUCUUUUUCUAUUCCUACGAAUUGCAUAAAAAAUGGACAAUUUCAGAAUUCUUUUACAACCACUCUUCGCCACUCUUCGUAUUUCGAAUAUAGUGACAACCUCUGUACGGAUGUCACUUGGACGCCGCUUGAUAUUUGCCGAAAAUAUAAAUUGGAAAUUGAACCCGAAUAUUCUUCUUCGCUGAGAGGAAAGUCAUUAUCUCUAGAAAUAUAUACUCCAGGAGUAGGAGACGCUUCGAGUUGUUGUUCUGUAUUAACAUCUCCAACUGGUGUUUUCCAGUCAGCGGAUAAUGAUGGAAGAUUUGGUUGCACUUGGCUUAUAUCUGUCGAGAAAAAUUUUACCAUCUGGUUGACAUUUACGGUGUUUCAAUUAGAAAAUUCAUACUACCGCAUAAAGGUUUAUGACGGUCCGCACUCAGCGAGUCCUUUGUUGCUGGAUCAAAGCGGUCGGAAGCCUCCACAUCCAAUACGAUCACAAAGUAACAAGCUUUUUAUUUAACUAGUUCCCAAUAACCCUGAGUACUAUGGAUAUAAUAGCAAUGGGAAGUCAUUCACUGCCCAUUAUAUCUCUGUAUGUAAGGACGCUAUUUCCAAUUCCUAAUUAUUCGAAGAGUGAUAGGAGCAGUAAGAAAAAGCUCUUAUUCAACUACACUUUAUUUGUGCUAUUUUAUUUAUAAAGUAGCUCAUAGAAAGUUUUUUCUGGGAAAUUCAGGGAAAUAAUCAAAUGCAAUUCUUGCAUACAGAUAAGGUUAAAAAAAAAAGAAAAAAAAUCUUCCUUCUUAUUUACUUUCAAACAUAUUUGUCAUGCGAUUCCUGGGUUUCGUCAUACAGCAAACGACUGUUCUACUCGCUGCAGUCUUUUUAAAGAACAUACAAUUAUCUACUAUGAAAUCCAAAAAUAGUUCUAGUUAUUCUGAGCCUAGUGCGCAUGACGUUUGCGCGAUUGCUGCGACAUAGUUGAAGACCAGCCCGGAUAGCACACAAUUCUUCCCGGAUUAGGGAGAUUUUUAAUUUUUCUCCGUGCUGAAUGUCUUUUUUUAAAACACCAGCUAGGCAUUCUAGCUUGCUUACUAAUCACCUUCAAGCAUAAGUUUGAUUACCGUAAGUAGACUUUUUUAACUGACGCGUUUGUCCGAUCAAAGCCGUGCUCCCGAUUCGUCGGCAAAAAAUAACUUUUGUCUAGUAGCCUACGCGUUUUUAUAAACAAAACAACGUCGUCACAAGUCAGAAUACAGAUGAUUUAAAUCUAUCAUGCUGGACAGGAAACGUAUAACGAUAUAAUCAAGGAUACAUGCACACCUAUCCUGAAUCCUUAAACUACUCUUGACGUUUGGAUUCGCCAUGAAAGUGGUCUGUGCGUACAGCAGCGAAGGACAAACGUCAGCUAGUAUUUUACUCAUUUUUAUCCAUCAAUACAAAAAAUCAAAUAGGUGGCAGGGUGAUGGAAGUUUCUAGACAAUCUAAUUAUUUAGGAAACGACGUCAUUCUCUAUUUUGGCACAUUGAUUUUCCUCGAAUACGUUGUCCUAGUUGUGCAAGGGAAACCCACUCCAAGAUUUAACGAUACUCUAACUUCUAUAAGUGUGGGUCUAUUUCAGGAAUGUUUCAGAAUCGGAAUGCGGGGAUUCGAAAUGUGCCUAUAUUGUCACUUGCACGAACAUUAUCGUUUGAUUGAUUUAUCGGAACAAUCAACAUGGCUUGGACUGUUUACUGCUGUGCUUAUAGAUUUUGGCUACUACUGGAUUCACAGGGCUAAUCACGAAAUCAAUAUUUUAUGGGCGCAUCAUCAAGUGCAUCAUAGCUCAGAUGACUUCAAUAUGUCAGUUGGAGUCAAUACGUCACGGAAUCUUUAAUAAUUGGCUUUGUUGGUUUUCCAACCUUUUGAUUUCUGUCACGUCUCUACAGAUUUUGUAUUCUCCCCUCGCCUUCUUCAUUCCACCAACACAGUUCAUUACCCACUUACAAAUCAGUGUGCUCUAUCAGUUUUGGAUCCAUACGGAAACUAUAGAGAAUCUCGGUCCCGUUAUAGAGUGGAUUUUUAAUACUCCGGAACAUCAUCGAAUUCACCAUGGUUGCAACAAAUAUUUAUUGGACAAGAAUUACGGAGGAGUGUUGAUUAUUUGGGAUCGCAUUUUUGGGACUUAUCAAGAACGGAAGGAAGAAAAAACGGUCUAUAGCUUGAUUUUCCCUCCUUCUACGUUCAAUUUAAUUAGAGUUCAGACUUACUAUUAUGCCCCUUUAUGGAAUCGAUUAAGACAUUUUGAUAACUGGACCAACAGAAUUGAAGCCUUGUUUAAGGGACCAAGUUGGGAGCCUGGGAGCCCUUGGACAGGUUGGGAACACUUAAAAAUGUCGAUAACUGAACGUCCGAAAUUCGAAGUCUUGAUACCUUGUUGGAAGAAAUACUACAUUACUAUCCACUUUUUGCUCAUGCUCUUGCCAGACUUGCAGUCCACUUUUUCGAACGAAAAUACUGAAGUUUCAAUAAGUAGCUACAUUUUCUUGAGUUAUACCGCUACAACCUUGAUUAUUCUUAGCUGUUUACUGGACGGUCGUCCCACAUGGAUUUGCUGUGUGGAAUUUGGGCGCUGCAUAAUUUUUCUUAUUGCCCUAACUUUUGUACAGCGAAAUGGAAUUUUUAGGGAUUUGCAGCAAUUUGUUUUCUACAUUUCUGCGUUAAUGUGGGGUUUACUAGCACUAGAAUAUUUCUUCAAGUGCCAUCGUGGCUAGAGUAAGCAUCCUAUAAUUUCCCGUAGAGAUUGUGUACAGGUUGUUUGGCAUACGGAGGAAAGUAGAUUAUUUUUUCUCCUAAUACACGGCUUUUUUAAACCA